AACUGACCAUACAUAUAAUAGAUAAUUGCAGUGGCAUUUACAUUGCGGGACAGUGUGGACCAACGCACGUAUAGCGCUUUAUAUAUAAACAGUGAUUUGAUAGUGUUUUUGAAAAUGUUCUGCGAUAUACCAGAAUUUGGGAGAUGUUGUUUCUGCAUGCCCUUGAGGAAAGGGAUAUUAGUGUUUGGCUACUUAAAUCUUCUUUUUUCUGCGUUCAUGGUUGCUGUAUACAGUUAUUCAGUUCACAAUAACGUUGGUAUUUUGCUGAUGUACCACGGGGUGCCUGCAGAGAUGGACGAUAAACUUUGCAUUGCGAUAUUCUGUGUGGAUAUCAUGUUCAACAUCACGCUGGUGUAUGGUGCCCAUAAGAAAAUAAUGUCGUAUUUGAGAAUAUUCUACAACUAUACAAUCGCCACAAUUGUAGCAGUGGUUUUACUGGAGAUAAUAUCAAUAAUCGAUUCAGGGCGUCUCGAAGCUUUGGAGCUGAUGACGUUAUUUUUCACUGGUUUAUGUAUACAUCUCUACCUCCUGUUCUUGGUGAGGAGUUUACUAAAGAAGAUGGAUAUGUCCGGUCACACGUAUGAGAACCAGCUGCACCAAUUCAUCAACGGGGAACUGAAAGUCGAUGUAAACGGCAUAUACCCAAGCACUGUUGUGCCUAUCGAGAGUGUAUAAGAUGUGUUAUUUAUUUAGGGUCGUACUUUAAGUUUAACCGUACCUUAAAUAGAUUAAUUUGUGGCAAUAUCUUUCUCCAACAAAUUUCUCCUAAGCUCGCCUUUGUUUUAUUGCAGUACUUUUAAAAAGAUAAUAUAAAUGCAACGACUAAUUACUGUGAUGUUUAUUAAUGAUAGAAUCAUUUAAAUCUAUAGUAGAAAAUGAAACCAUUUCAAUUAUUAAUUAUUUUUAAUUUGGGUUUUCAUAUAUUGGGAAAAUAAGCUUGUAUCAUCAAUCUCAUAUUUUGAACUGAAUUGCUAGCUUAGUGCCUUAGUUUGUGCCCAGGUUCAGGCUAACAUAAAGUUGGACAGUUUUUAUGUUCAAAUUCUGGUUGCAGAUGCAAGUAAGUUAAAGUGUCUCUGCAACCUGCUAAAAAUAAUGGUAGCUCGCUUCGAUCUUGUCGGUAUGCCUUCCCAUCAGAUGAAAAGAUGAUAAUGAUGAGAAAAUGCAUCUUUUCAUCCGAUGGGACGGAAAUUUCAAUUUCAGAUAUAAUAUAAAAUUUACAUUACAUCUGAGUUCAUUAAUCUAUUUUUCUCGUUUUAUUCUUCUAUUUAGUAAUACAAUGUAGCAGUUAAGAUAUCCAUCUGAAUUAGUAGUGCUAGAUAAGAUUGGUGAGAACAAUCUUAAAUUCUUGUUUUAACUUAAUAGUUUAGUAAUAACUUAUUGUUAGUUAG